UUUUACCAUAUAGUACCCAAGUGAUCAUAGUUUGUGAUUAAUUUCUAGCUUUUCUCUUUCUAAUCUCACGAACAUGUCUUCGGAGCAACACCACCACCUCUUCCACCACCACAAGGAGGGGAAACCCACGGAGGAAGCUAUGUAUUCUCAGGGCUUGGGAGUCACUUAUGAGGGUGACAUGGGCCGUGCCUCUCAAGGCACUUAUGGAGGUGAUGGCAUGGGCAUGGGUCGUGUCUCUCAAGCCCCUUAUGGAGGUGGUGAUGGCAUGGGAGGCACUUAUGGAGGCUCUCAGGCCAAUUAUGGAGGUGGUGAUGGCAUGGGAGCCACUUAUGGAGGCUCUCAGGCCAAUUAUGGAAGUGGUGAUGGUAUGGGAGCCACUUAUGGAGGUGAUGGCAGGGGCCGUGUCUCUCAGGCCAGUUAUGGAGGAGAUGGCAUGGGCCGUGUCUCCUCCAACACUCAGGAUUAUGACAGGGAGGAGAAGCACGACAAGCGCAUGGAACACCUAGGUGAGCUAGGUGCUGCAGCAUCUGGUGUUUUUGCUGAGCACGAGAGGCACAAGUCUCAGAAAGAUCCUGAGCAUGCUCACAGGCACAAGAUCGAGGAGGAGAUUGCAGGAGCUGGUGCAGUGGGUGGCGCUGGAUAUGCCUUGCAUGAGCACCAUGAGAAGAAAGAAGCCGAGGAGGAAGAAAGAGAGGCUCACGGCAAGAAACAUCACCAUCUCUUCUAAGCAUUGCAUCUCUCUACUAUUUAAUUCCCUUGUGAUUCCUUUCCCCAUCUUUCUCAUUUUCCUUCUCUCUCUCUCUUCUUUUUUUUUGGAUAAAAUGCUUCCUUCUCUAUUGCCUUUGUUUUUUUUUUGCUAAAAAUUUCUUUCUCUAUUGCCGGGUGGCUCCAUUAUAGGAUAUUAGAGUGAGAUGUACGUGUACCUUAAAGCAGAUAGAGCGCAUUUCUCUAUUUGCUUGGCAGGUAUCAGUGUGGCUUUCUCCUUUUUUUUUUUUCUCUUCUUUCUACCUUAGAAAAUUUAUUUAUAAUCCAAGAGUUUUCCUAUUUUAAGUUCCAAUC